CCCGCCCUUUUUAGAACCUACGCUCGCGUCAUUCAAGCACGUGCUGUGCGCAUGCGCAGCGUCAACUGCGUAGAAACCAACAACAAACUAUGGCGGACGAACACCCUGAUGCCGAGCAGAGCAUGGAGGGACACACUGCUGUGAGUAACGUCCCAGCAAAUCCUCAUGCAGAAUAUGGCCUCACUGAAAACAUCCAGAGAAUAGUGGAGAAUGAGAAAACAAGCGCUGAAAAAGUCACCAAACAGAAGGUGGACCCUCAGACCCUUCCUACACGAGCGUAUCUGGAUCAGACCGUGGUUCCUAUCCUCCUGCAGGGCUUGUCAGUUCUGGCCAAGGAAAGGCCUCCAAAUCCCAUAGAGUUUUUAGCAGCAUUCUUACUGAAGAACAAGUCCCAGUUUGAGGAACGAAAUUAAAGACACCGUGUGCGGUGGAAGAUUUAGGAUUACAGUUUUAUGUUUUGUGUGUUUUUUUGUGAAUUUAAAUGUAAUGGUGUCUCUCUUCAAACUGUUUGUUUGCCAACAUUAAUGUAGUUUUCUAAGCUCUAAUAAAAUGUUCAAGCAGCCAUAUAUGUUUCACUGGUGUGGAUUUUCUUUAUUUGGUAAUUAAUAAGGCAGCUAAAAUUGACACUAAAUUGGCUUGGCAUGUACAAAAAUCCAGCUCACGAACAAUCCUUCAUUCCCAUUUAUUUGCUUGAUAUUUUAAUAUUACACGACACCUAGCAUUGUGCAUGACAAUAACAAACAAAACCGAGAGAGGAAAACAAUUCUUUUUAACUGUGAACAUAUAAAAACAAUUAAAAUUUUAAUCUGUAGUAAAUAUAAUUUCUUUCUUCAGUAUAAAGAUUAAACGCUCUCAGCAUAUGCAAAAUACUCCUAAACCGCUCAAAGCACAUCCGUUUCUCAAGCAGCCGUAAUCACCAUGUCCAUGAAAGGUCUCUAUUCAUAAAGUAGUAUAAAAACAUGUGAUAGCAAUGGUUUGUUUCCAUUCCGGUAACGGCUGAUAAAAAAGGAACACAUUUAUAAAGCCGAGAGCCGAUCAUCUUACAGAGAAUGAUUCUCAGCGCUAUAUACGACCAACACGUUUUCAAUUAGCUUGAGAAAAUUCAUAGUAAGAUUAUAGAUGCCUUUUUAGAUUGAAUAUGAUGUGGAAAAACAUGAAUACAUUGGUAUUGACCUGAAACUCUGUAAACUAGAGUAAAAGAAUUCAGUUUCUGUCCUUGUAUCUCUGCAAUGUAUUGUACCUCCAGUGCACUAGUUCUCGGCUGCAAUUUCAGUGGCACAGAAAAACCACAACGCAAGGCACCAACAACUUCUAAGAGCUGGCAUACCUGAUAUGGGUCUAGAAGAAAUCCUAGAUAAACGUUCCCAGUGUACUUAAUUUAAAAUUUGACAGUGCCUGUGACAUUGUCAGCAAACAGUUUGUAGACCAAAUGUAAACCAAAGACUUUGUCAAAUUCGUAAACUGAUACUUGCAAAUUUGCAUUUCAAUUAAAAUCUCCAAACACAAAAAUUACAUCAGUGACCAGGAUUUUGGCAUGUCGUUCCAGGACUAGGGCUGGGCGAUACAGCUUAGGAAAUAUUAAAUAUAUCAUCAAUUUUUUUAUUAUAUUUUACAGCCAUUUGACAUUAUUCGUUUUAUAUCUUGGUGUUUAUGUAUUUGGGUAACACUUUACAAUACGAUUUGUUAGCAUUAGUUAACAUGAACUAAAAAUGAA